CCCCCGAUUAUUAAGAGCAGCUCAUAUUCAACUCACUUUCACUAUCAACUUUGUUUAUUCUAUCGUUGACGGGAAGCCAAAGUAAUAAUGACGCAAAAUUAUUUUGAAAUAUUUUCCGUUUUCCAGAAGUAUAUGGAAGAUGAAGAAGCAGUAAGAGAUUCUAUCAAGGUGAUUACCAAAGAACUUGACCAAACAAGUCGAGAAAUAAUAACUAUGCUUCAAGGAGUUCAUAAACCUAAAGGCUUAUCCCAAAUAUCAAUUUUAUGCCAAAAAGCUCGUGAACAGUUUUCUGCUGUUAAGAAACUUUAUGCAUCUUUGCAAGAAAAAGUGCCUACAGAUGAAUUCUACAGAUACCAUGAGCACUGGAGAUUUGUUACACAAAGACUAGUUUUUUCUGCUGCUUUUAUUGUUUAUUUGGAAUCAGGGAAAUUAAUUGGCCGAGAAGAAGCAGCUGAACUUUUAGGAAUUAGUCCUAAUCCUUCAGAUCCUUUCCAUGUUGAAUUGGAUGAUUUCCUAAUAGGUCUACUUCUUCUAGCUGAGGAACUGACACGCCUGUCUCUGAAUUGUGCAACUUAUGGAGAAUAUAAUCGUCCAAUACAGAUUGCAGAAUUUGUUUCUGAGAUGAAUGUUGGUUUCCGUCUUCUGAAUUUAAAGAAUGAUCUUUUGAGGAAAAAAUUUGAUGGCUUGAAGUAUAAUCUGAAGAAAGUUGAGGAAGUUGUAUAUGAUUUGUCUAUUCGUGGUUUAAUACCUGUUGAAGGAUCUCAAGGAGAUAAAGUUGCCAAAGCAUAAAGUUGUUCCAUGAAAGAAAUAUUUCGCUUUUAAAACAAAUAUAAAUUCAUUCAUUUUCAUUUUUUUUUUCAUAAGAAAAGUUGGCACUUUGAGCUGUACAUUUUUUUAAAUAAAGUUUUAAAGAAAGUUAUACUCAUAACUUGUAUUUUAUGAUUUUAUUGUAUUAAAAAUUUUAUAGAAUCUGUUA